AGGCUCACUCCCCGCGUUAACAUGUUGAGCGACCUCAUGAACUAUCGUCCGAUCGGCGCGAGCUCAUGAAUAUUAAUUAGGCUCGUGAAUAUGUUAACGAGGCGAGGAAAUGAACUUGAUGAAUAUUAAGUAGCCUCAUGAAUAUUAAUCGCUCCAGAUGACGUCACCGGAGUCCGAGUAAACACGGGCCCAGAGUGAGACAGCGAGACACAGAGAGACAGAGUGGAGACACAGAGAGACAGAGUGGAGACACAGAGACACAGAGACAGAGUGGAGACACAGAGAGACAGAGAGGAGACACAGAGACAGAGUGGAGACGACAUCGCCAUGUCGGGAGAGGACAAUGGGAGCACCAGCCUCCAGGGCUCGUGGGUGGAGCUGCAGGCAGCUCCCUGCAGCUCCGCUCCUGCGAGCGCCUUCCACGGCGAGAUGGAGCGAAUUCUUCUCGAUGCACAGCGCGAGUCUGGGGCCAGCAGCUCACGUAGCAGCAGCACACACUGUGACAGUCCUCCGUUAGUUCCGAGUCCACGAGGAGGCCUGGUGACUGAGACAGACGCUGACAAAUCCAGCAACCAGUCGGAUGAGGACCGUGUGGAACGGUCUGCGGAGAUGGAGGCUCUGCUGAAGAAAAACCCCGAGUGGAUCUGGGACUGGUCCAGCCGCCCAGAAAAUGCCCCACGCAAGGAGCUGCGCUUCCAGCAGCAGCAGCGCCACCACCACCACCACCACCGCGUGCUUCAGCUGGAGGCUCUGAGCAUGCGUCGCUCGCGUGCCAUGCAGCGAGGGGGAGUCUUCUCCUCUCACUUCCUGCUCCUCUUCCUGCCCAGCGUCCUGCUCACUCACGUGCUGGCCCUCGGCAUCGGGAUUCUGAUUGGACGGAAACUGAGCGGAGGAGCGGUCAGCAACAGCAGCCUGUGAACACUCACGCUGGUUGCCAUGGAGAUGCACACACACCCACUCACUCACCUACCCACUCACUCACCUACACACUCACCCACUCACUCACCUACUCACUCACCCACUCACUCACCUACUCACUCACCCACUCUUUCACUC